GGGAAGAUGUGGAUAUUUCACAGUGCCGACAAUUCAAAGUGUCUUUUUGCUCUUUGGAAUCAGUGGUGCUUAUAUUUUACAGCGGUGGUGUGUUUGUUGUUUUCGCCUGUCACAGCGGAUGAUGCGUGCCCAUCAUCCUGCAUCUGUGCCAGAGACUCGGGAACAGUAACUUGCCGUGAUGGGGAGGAUACCGAGGUACCAGCAGGCAUACCAGAGUGGACGUCCACCUUGAUACUCAGGGGAAACAACAUCUCAACUUUACAGAGGGGUGCGUUCACGACCAACGGCACGGAGUUGGAAAUGACGACUCUCUCGCUGUCCUAUAACGGGAUACAAGCUAUUGAACCGUAUGCGUUCGUGGGACUCCCCCGUUUGCAUUUGCUGGAUCUGAGCCACAAUCGACUGGUGUCUAUCUCAGCGAGGGCUUUCCACGGUUUACUGGAGCUGCGCUCUCUUUACAUGAACAACUCGCUGAUGUCUACAGCCGCUGUGCAACUUUCAAGUGCGCUCGGCACCCAAAGUUUGCGCAACCUUCACAUACUUGAGCUGGCAGGGAAUCAGCUCAAGUCGAUACCACUGAUAAGAUUAGACAUCUACAAUCUUCACACUUUAGUGCUGAUAAAUAACUCUAUAGAAACCAUCGGGAGAGAAAACGUGUCCAGUUUGUACCAGCAAAGGCGCAUACGCGUUUACUUAUACAUGAACCCGUUUCGGUGCAAUUGUGAUCUGGAGGCGUUUUACUACUGGCUGAAGAACUCGUCCCAGUGCCCGGAUGCAGGGCGUCUCCUGUGCAGCGAACCGGAGGCCAAGAGAGGGUUCCCUUUGGAGAAGCUCCGAGGCGAGGACGUGGAUUGUAUGAAUGAGAACCUUGAGGCGGUUUCCUACGUGUUCCUCGGCAUAGUGUUAGCUCUGAUCGGGGUGGUGUUUCUAAUGGUGCUUUAUCUCAAUCGGGAGGGCAUCAAAAGGUGGCUAAACAACAUCCGAGAGGCAUGCCGAGACCAGAUGGAGGUCUAUCACUACCGCUACGAGCAGGACUCAGACCCGAGACUGGCCAACGUGGCUGUUUAA